GCAGCCACAAUUUUGGACUCCCUAUUUCUCCUACUUUCUUACUCCUUUCAGGGAGUGAAUGAAUCUGACAUAUCCAACAUUAACACAAUUCCUCCAGGACUGUACCUUCCUCUGGCCUAACUCUGAUGGCAGCACUGACAAGAAAAAGAAACAAUGAAUCUCCAGUCUCAAUGAGGGAAUCUUUUGUUCUUGUACUUGCUUCCUGUUUAACAGUUUGUGGUACUGCCAUAGACACCAUUACUAUCGGUAGGCCUGUCCAAGACAAUGAAACUAUAGUAUCCUCCGGGCAAACCUUCAAGUUGGGCUUUUUUAGUCCUGCAAACACUAGUAAUCGCUAUGUUGGAAUCAUGUACAAUAUUCCUGGAACAACUGUUAUAUGGGUAGCUAACAGGGACAAACCUGUUAAGGAUUCUACCGGAAUUUUGACAAUUGCAGAAGACGGUGACCUUGUAAUCUUGAAUGGGGAGAGGGAGACCAUAUGGUCUUCUAAUGUUUCAAAGUCGGUGGCAAGCUCAAGUGCCAAACUUUUGGAUACUGGGAACUUAGUCUUGACAGACAACUCAGAUGGAAGUACGAUGUGGGAGAGUUUCCAAAUUCCUACUGAUUCUUUGGUGCCAAAGAUGAGAUUAAGUGCGGGUGCAAAAGAGAAGCUCCAACUAACUUCCUGGAGAAGCCCUUCUGAUCCUUCCAUUGGAGAUUUCUCUGCAGGCUUUCAUCUUUUCCGACCUCCGCAGUUCUUUGUUUGGGAGAAUAAUGUACCUUGCUGGCGCAGUGGUCCAUGGAGUGGUAAUACGUUCAUCGGAAUACCUGGCAUGAGUUCUGCUUAUCAGAGUCGAUUAGAUCUGGUGGAGGACAAUUCAGGAUCUACUUAUUUUACCUACAACUCUGUAAAUAAUCCGGCUCUGUUCUACUACUCAUUGAAUUCCUCAGGGUGUUUACAGGCAAAGGUCUCAAUUGGAAAAGGAGAUUGGAGUGUAACGUGGUCAAGUCUAGAAAGCCAAUGUGAUAUUUAUGGCAAAUGUGGACCUUUUGGAAGCUGCAAUCGUCUACAGUCACCAAUUUGUACGUGUUUGCAAGGUUUUAAGCCAAGAGAUGAAGAGGAAUGGAACAGAGGACAUUGGAGUGGUGGAUGCAUAAGAAAGGAAUUGUUGAAAUGUGAGAGAAAUCAAUCUUCCAGUACAGAUGCCAAAGAAGAUGGAUUUGUUAGACUCCCAAACAUGAAAGUUCCAGAUUUCCUUGUGCUGGUAGUAAUCUCAGAAGAAGCAUGUGGUAGUUCUUGCUUGAAAAAUUGCUCUUGCACAGCUUAUGCAUAUUACAAAGGGAUAGGAUGUAUGCACUGGAGUGGCAACCUAAUCGAUGUGCAGCACUUCUCCUAUGAUGGGGCAGACUUGUAUGUACGCGUACCUUAUUCUGAACUUGAUAAAAAGAAGGAUACGAAAGCAGUCACUGCAGUCAUAGUGGUUGCAGCAUCUUUAUUUAUUGCCGUCUCUCUUUAUUUUUGUUGGAAAAGGUGGGCUAAGCACAAAGGUAAAGACCAAGAUGAUCAGGUGUCUUUGUUUGAACCUACGUAUAAUGUGGAAAACAUGGUCAACAAAACUGGGGACCGAGCCAAGUUAGGAGAGCUACCUCUGUAUACUUAUGAAACACUAGCUAAAGCAACAGAUAACUUUGAACCAUGCAAUGAGCUGGGCAAAGGUGGUUUUGGUCAAGUCUACAAGGGAAAGCUGUUAGAUGGCCAGGAAAUUGCAGUGAAAAGGCUUUCCAACACUUCUGGCCAAGGCAUUGAGGAGUUUAUGAAUGAAGUUGUGGUCAUUUCUAAACUCCAGCACCGGAACCUUGUUAGACUCAUUGGCUGCUGUGCUGAAAGAGAAGAGAAAAUGCUAGUCUAUGAAUACAUGCCAAACAAAAGCCUGGACUUCCAUCUAUUCGAUUCUGAUAAGCCAAGUGUACUUGAUUGGAAAAAACGCGUCACCAUCGUUGAUGGGAUUGGCAGAGGCCUCCUUUACCUUCACAGAGAUUCAAGAUUAAAAAUCAUUCAUAGAGAUCUAAAGGCAAGCAAUAUUCUCUUAGAUAAAGAGCUGAGACCCAAGAUAUCAGAUUUUGGCUUGGCAAGAAUUUUUGGAGGCAAUGAAGAUCAAGCCAAUACAAGGAGGGUUGUGGGUACAUAUGGCUACAUUGCCCCGGAAUAUGCAAUGGAAGGCAUGUUUUCAGAAAAGUCAGAUGUCUACAGCUUUGGGGUGCUGCUAUUAGAGAUUGUGACAGGAAGGAGAAAUAGUAACUUCUAUUAUCACGAGAAUGAGCUGAGUCUACUUGGAUAUGCCUGGAAAUUGUGGAAUGAAAAAGAAGCAGUUAAACUGAUAGAUGCAGCUAUCUUUGUCCCGGGUAUCGAAAAAGAGGUCUUGAGAUACGUCCAUGCAGGGCUAUUGUGCGUGCAAGAAUUUGCAAAAGAUAGGCCAGAUAUCUCUGCUGUUCUAUCCAUGCUUAACAGUGAAACUUCAAAUCUCCCUCUUCCCAAAUUACCGGCUUAUACAAGAAGAUUAGGAUCUUCAGUAAGUGAUUCUUCUUCGCAAAGGGUUGAUUCUAUUAACAAUGUCACUGUAACGAUUGUUGAAGGCCGAUAACAGAAUCCACUUCACAGUAUGCAGUACUAGUAAUGCAUUCAACAAGAUGGAUGUAGCACAACAUCAGUUUGCUUUGGAGGUAUCAGCAUACAAUCAGCUGCUUGGUUAUAUUUAUGCAUCUCAGUCUGGGUGACCAUAUAUUUGACAGCUUACUGGGUAUAAAGUAUAUAAAUAACUGUUUACUUGCUAUCAUGGACAGUUUUAGCAAUAGUCUCUCCUAUGAAUACUUUCUUCUAGUCUCUGUUUCUUAGGCUGACUUUAUGCAUCUCAAAUUAUUUUCUCAGAGAUAAGAGCAGAUUUCAAUGCACAAUUUGGAUUAUUUGCAGAAAACCAUUAGUUUCGGGAUGACGUAUUUGGAUGUCAAUGCCUUACCCAUGGUUCUAGAAUGGAUUUUUAGUACUUUUACUAUUCGACAGAUAACUCAAUUUUAGGAAAUUUUUAUGUUCAUAUUUCUUUAUCUAUAUACGAAUUUUCAUGCUUG